GCCCUCCGUUUGUCCAGCACCGCAAUUUGCGACUCGCUUCUGCCUUGCGAUAUCAGUGUUAUUGUUUCCGAAGUGAAUUGUUAUCUGAAGCGGACCCAGCCACAGUCGCAGCCGAAAUAUCUUUUUGCCCACGCACAGUACAACACAUUUCCUCAUCGCCCAACCUUCGCUCGACUGCGCGCAACCGUACGUCUAAACGCUCCAACUCCGGUACCACGACUAUCAGAACAUCCGCAAGGCAUUGUUUGAUCCUCAGAGCCCGUCAUGCCCCUCUUCCCGAGCUCGUGUGUCGCACGUUUUGCUACCAAGAUGCAUCCUGACACUAUCGCUAUUCUUUUCUGCCUACUCCUAGUAACUCUCGGAAUCGGCCACACCAUCGUGUCCUCUGGAGUUGUUCCCAAGGUCAUCGACUGUCUUAGCGAGAGUUUCGAUGAACUAUACUGGGAAGUAAACUAUCUUUACUGGAACAUCUGCUAUGAAUGUAGCAACAACGGAAUCCCAACCUGGCUCCGCGUCCUUGGCCUCCUCACGGUUGGUGUAUGUACACCACGUGUGCUCGCCGAGUUCCUUUUCAAGUUAGGCGUCUUUUCCGUCGUCCCCAAGAACAACCUCCGUGAACUUGCCGAAAGAGGAGAAUCGCAGAACACGAAGAAGGCUUCUACUCCCGCCUCCACCUCCGUUAUACCAGCAUCUCCAACACUAGCGCAAGAAAUACCAGCUCCCCCCGCAUAUCCGCCACCCUCCCAAUUCCCCUUCAAAAACUUUCGUGGAACCGGCGAGUCAUUCGCGCAUCUUGAUCGGAACAGAUCGAUGCAGUAUCCAAAGAUUUGGGGACAACUACGCUGCGCUGACCGCAAGUGGAUGGCUAUGUUCAUGUAUAUGCCAGAAGCAUAUAUGUCUACAGACGACAAGAACGUCGACACGGAAGAUACUACGUCGAAGCCUCAGCACGUUACGGAGUCUGCGACGAACAACAUGAAGGAUGAUGUAGUUGUCACGCCUGCUCAUAAGGCCGUUGAACUAUCUGUCCGAUCUGCUCCCACGACGACACCAAAGCCGUCUGCUUACACGUUGGCGCCUUCAUGUGAACCUCAAACAACUACAACGUUCACUCCGGCAACUGUUUACAACUGUCUACAAACAGCGAAUUCGGCAAGAAUGACGAUCGAGUACCACGCAAGACAAGCGCCUGUUCUUCAGGCUGCGAUGAAGGCUUUCCUUAUCGCCGCCGAUACCAAAACCGAAUGCAGGUCUUCGGCAGGUCAGAUCUUUAGCUUGAUAUCGAGUGCGGCGAAUGACCUGAAGCCCUACUUCGAGAAUGGGAUGACUGCGGAACAGUCCUCCGGUCUUCAUUGGAACGCCUCCAUAAUUGAGUUCUGGAUGUUCUUAGUUCCUGUAGGCUGGUACAUUCAAAGGUAUUGGGGCCCAGAGCUUGUAACCUUCCUCGAGCUAUAUCGUGAGUUCGCAAACUAUCUGGGUUUGGAGGAGAUGAUCCAAGACUUGGAUUGUACUGAGCCCCUACCAUCACCACAAGCUCUCCAAAUCGUGGUACAGUCAACUCAAACGCCCCGUGAUCACCCGCCGCAGGUGGCACAAGUGCCCUCGUGGUCGACGCCGCAGCGUAAUGUAGCGCCAACCAUCUCUAAUCAACUGCCGUCGUAUCAGCCAGUAGUUCAACAACACCUGCCCCAACCUCCUCCAUCGAAUUCGCAACUUCCGCUAGCAUCCAACAUGUAGACGCAGUUCCACAACGCCAUGGCUACUGGAUACAACCCGACUACUGCGGACCCCAUCACAUCGCAGCCGCAAAAUACGCCGAACAACCCCGACCCCUCAUCAGUACAAAGCCAGACGCCACCGCCAGUGGACUUCAAAGAUAUCAACACAUGGUCUGGGCUGAAUCAUAAACAGCUGGAGCAGCUCGUACCGAGUUCUUUUGGGUUCAAAACGGAUAUGGUCGCUGGAAAUACAUUUUGGAAAUUCACUGCUUCUGUUGACUUCCAUGAGAUCUUGAAUGGUAAAGCGCCCAAACAAAGAACUC